AUGGCACCUCGGUACGUGCAGACGGUGGACUCGUCGCCUCCGUUGUGCGACGCUGUUCUAGAGACGUCGGCUGCCGGCGAGAACUCAUCAACGUACGAGAAAAGCAGAAAAAGAACGCUUUUGGAGGACCUGUCGGGCGGCGAGCUCGAGUUUCCUUACGCUCGAUACAGGGAGUGCCUGGAGUGGCCACCCAGUCGUCAGUCGCUCGAGGAACAGCGACAGAUGCAGUCGGAGUGCCGAGGCAGAAGAGAGAGUGCUUCUGAUUCGAGUGGCCGCGGCGAAAAGCCAAACCGUUCGGCGAUAAUGAAAACGCCCACUCAGUUCGUUGGCGGGAUUUGUGGCCUUAUGAAUUUAGGUAACACGUGCUUUUUGAACGCCGUCCUUCAGUGUCUAAGCAACAUUCCGCCGCUGCGCUAUUUCUUUCUCGUGACGUCCCAGAUAUACUUAUUGGCGCUCGAGACGAAUCCCUCGCUGUCGUCCAGCAAGGGCGAAGAGAGGUCGAUAGACAGCAGCAUUUUGAUUCCCCUGGCGAAGCACUACACGGAACUGAUGAGGGCAAUGUGGGAAAAUGGCUCCAGAGUGGCCUCUCCAGAAGACAUCUUGGCCGACAUUUGCAAAAUCAACCCCAUGUUCCAAGGCCACAACCAACACGAAUCACAGGAGCUGAUGUAUUACCUGCUCAAGGCGCUGCACGACCCGCUCAAGAUUCCCUACUGCGCUCGCGUCACCACGACAAACAACGGCGACAGCGAUAACAACAAGUCUAGACAAGAAAAAAAAAAUGAUUUUUCGGCGCUGGACAGCGACCAGUCGCCGAGCCGUGAUCAAGCGGCCCGCUCCGGCCCGAAGUCCGAGGCGACCGAAAGGCAUUCAAUCCGCAAGCUCCUCUUCGCGCAGGACGAGGAGUACCACCGCCACCAGUCGUACAAGAGUCAGAGGACGAUUCCGCUCGUCGACGAUUCGAUCAAGUUUGACAGCCCGAUUUCCUCGCUGUUCGAGGGCGUCCUGCUCUCACAGGUCAAGUGCUCCCGCUGUCAGCACAUCUUCGAAAAGUUCGACCCGUUCUACGAUCUCGGAAUCUCGAUCGUCACCAAGGAGAACGGCUCGGGCGCUGUUCAGAAGAAGACCGACUUUUCCAAGCUCAACUUUUCCAAGCACAGCCAAACUAGCCGGUGUAAGCUGGAGUCCUCCGUAUGCGCCGCCGGCGUGGACUGCUACAGCCAAGACGUCCACCACGCGCCGCUGAACCGCAAAAUCGUGUCGAAAAUCCUCGGCGUGCCCCUCACCAUCAUCAAGCACUGCGCGUCCGUAAUCCUCUCGUUUGUGGGAUUCGACCACCACAGCCAAACCGUCAGUCUCGAGGAUUGCAUGCACGAGUUCUGCAUCUCCGAAAACCUGACGGGCGAAGAAAAGUACCAAUGCGAGCGUUGCGACGGCCUCUAUGACGCCCAAAAAGCUCUCUCCAUAUACAUACCCCCCCCAGUACUCUGUUUGCAUCUGAAACGGUUCUGCUACAACUCUUGCGUCGGACUCAAAAUGAACGAUUACGUGCCGUUCCCUCUUAAAAACUUCGACAUCACCCCGUUUUGCACCUCCAGCAUGAAAGGAGGCUGCCAAUCCCCUCGAUCCGGGCCCCUGCCAAUCCCGAAGUACGACCUUGUCGGCGUCAUCUGUCACGAGGGCACCCUGUCGAGCGGACACUACAUAGCCUACGCCUACAACUCCGAGGCCGAAAAGUGGUUUCAAUUCGACGAUGACCUCGUUCAACCCGUCUCGGUCCAAAAAGUCAGCUCCGUCGACGCCUACAUCCUCUUCUACCAACAGCAGUCCGGCCCAAAGCACUUCUCGUUCAAAAAGGCCAUCAUAGAGGCCAUGAAACACCACAUAAACCAACUCGCCCUGUUCUCUCAGGAAAAAUACCCUCAAGCCAUGCAAGGAAGCCUGCGCGACGACUUCUGUCGCAUCAAGUCCAGCCUGCUGGAGCAAACCACCUUUCUACCCCUCAUCUGGCUGGAAAAGUGGAAGUACAUGGCCCACCCCGGACCCAUUCAAAACCUAGGCAUCACUUGUCCUCACGGGAAACUGAACUGCCACCUGAGCUCCUCCAUGCUUCUCCAACUAACCAUACCCAUCCCCAAGUCUCUCUAUCGCAUCCUCCAACAAGUCUACGACGGAGAACCCGCCAUCGUGUCCAUCCAAGACAGCCCCAGCCGCCUCGAGUGCUGCAGAAAGUGCUGUCGUGACCACCAUAAGCAGUGACACGCUCCUCGCCCCCUCGGACGAACCCCCCGCGGGCGCUCUCGUCCUCGUUCUGUACAAAAAAAAAAAAGAGCUCCGAGCCAAACGCCUCACGCACU